AUUUUGUACUUCAGAAUACUCCGAACUUCAUGGGAGUUAGUACCAUUAAAAACCCUCGAUUUGUGACUAGCCAAUGAACAAUCAGCACACAGGGUGGGUGACAUCAAUGAUCGUUUACUCUUCACCGAAUUUAUUGUGGAAAUCCGUUGAAGGCGCGCGCGUGAGUUAGUAUCCUAUGUUGAGUUUGUUGCACAAGUAAUUAGUGUUGUCAGCUUUUGCUGCUUGAAAGGUGUCUAGCGACAAACCGCCGGUGACAUUCAAUCCUGUCGAUGUUGUGGAGUGUUAUUGACUUGGAUCUCGUUGUUCUUGCCUAUAUUUUUAUUAGAAACUAGAACAGGUAUAUUGUUUUCGGUGUCUGGUCCAUUGUUGACAGCUUACGACCUCGGAUAACUACAGGUUUUUUUCUUCUUGCAUGUUUAACGCUUGGUUAAGGAGGACACAGCAACUAAGAGGGCGUAACUAACGUUAGACCGGAACAUAUCACCUAUAAUUAUUUGAUCAGGCAUGCAUAAUGUUAACUAGAUUCGUGAUUCAACCAAGUCGUCACAUAAGAUUGUACAUCUGAUUCUUUCCGGAUUUUGGCUUUAUAGUUGCACUGCUUUGACUUGUCAAUGUCUAACAAAGCACAACGAACUUUGGCUCAAGUUACUCCGAUGCGAAGCAUGGCUAGUCACAGUGACCAUUUCCUUGGGAGGCCGACUUUUUUCCCAGCCCAUCUCAAGUUUCCCACUAGUUUACAGAGUCUGCAGAUACGAAUGGGAGGAUUGGAAGCUCCACCUUCUAUAUAUAGUUCUGCCAAUUCUCCAGCUUUUAUGGUGUUAUCUUCUCAAGCAAGUGAUGGGGGGCAGCAGACACAGGCUAUGGAGAAGGAUCCCUCUUCAUCCUUUCACCCAUCCUUUACGUCAGCAGGGCCAUUCUCUGCACUGUCUAUUUUUGGACAAACGGACACCUACUCUGGCUUUCCGUCCCAUUUUCUCCCAGUUUCUUCCCCAGUGAUGACCUCACCUGGUCUUGAGGGGCAAGUCAGCUUUUUGAAUUCCGGAACAAGGUCUUUGGAGAUUUCAGGUAAUCGAGGGGUCAAUGGAUUCCAUGCAUCUGCUUUCAUACCAGCCAAAUGUUUGAAAACAGACAACUCUGACCUUUCAACUCCACACCAUUCAAGGUACCAGGACACUAUUACUCCCCCCUUUCUCGUGCCUCAGAAUGCUAGUACUUCAUCUGUUUAUGGGAAAGAAUUUCAUUCCGAAGAUAGAAGCUCCUCUUUAGUAAGUCCCGAGACACACGACCGAUUGAACCAAACUCCGGUGUCCGACGAUGCAGACUCGACAGACCGAAGUACGCCCGAAGAAGGUCGGCUUCGUCGAAAGGUAAAGAAAAGAGGACCGCUGGAUGGACAAGCGUCAUGUUGUCCAGUUUGUGGAGUGACCAUCAGAUCAGGAGAGUUGUUAUCGCAUUUUGAACAAGAAAUCGGAAAACUGAACAAAAUUAACAAGAUUCUGAGAAGGCCAGCCAGAGAGGGAACACCACAGAGUAGGAACUCGCCAUCUCCAGGAAGCAGCAGAAGAAAAGGUUCUCCAAGUUUUUUAGACUCCCGUCUGGAGAUAUUCCAGAAGGUACAGUGCAACCGCCGAAACCGAAUCGGAGUACGCUCAUGCAGGACAAAGAAGAGAACAACAGAUGAGGUAGUGUGUCCGGUGUGUUGCGAGACGUUGACGGGAACGACGGAAGAACUCGACUCGCACGUUGAUCGUUGCCUGCGAAAGAGAGAAAAUAAUGGGUUUGAAGAUGAGACAGUAGACGUGGAGAGAGAUGAAAAUUAUGAAGAAUAUGAGUGGGCUGGUCAAACAAGGAUUAGAGCAACGUCUCUUCUUCAAGGAGGAUUUGCAGCAUCAGGUUUUAAAACCAGGAAAUGUAACAAUGAAGAUGAUGUUGAUCAAGAUCUGAAUGUAGACAGUGAUGACACUGCCACUUAUGGAAAGCCACAAUACACAGAAGCAGAUAUUUUACAACAUACCAUGGAGAACCGAGAAAGGCAGGAUCUCACAAGAGCAAUAGACUCGGAAGAUCAACAAAGACUUCUUGAAGAGAGAAGAUGUGUUCUUAAAGAUGAUAAUGAGAUACUUGAGAAACAAAAUGAACUUCCUUCCCUAACCAUUGGAGGAAAUGAACCAGGAAAAUGUACCUUAGAAACAGGUAAACUUCAGACGAUAUCUUCUCUGAAGGCCAGAAUUAGGGAACUAGAAAAGCAAUAUCAACAUAUAGAGAAGAUGAAAUGUUUAAUAUGUAUGGAGCCCUAUACACAUCCAGUAGUAUCAGUGUGUUGUUGGCAUGUGUACUGUGAAGAAUGCUGGUUGAGAACACUGGGGGCCAAGAAGCUAUGUCCACAGUGUAACAUCAUUACAUCUCCAAACGAUUUAAGAAGAAUUUAUCUCUAAAAUGAGUCUUUUUUUUUUGUCUUUUUUUUUUACAAGGUGUAACUUAUUGAAGGUUGAAAUUAAAUAUUAAUUAAAAGGUUCCUAAAAGCUGACUUUAAGAAAAGAAAUUAUUGCUUUCAUUGUAUUUCAUUUCGUUCUACAAUCUUUGUAAUUAUUAUUUUUAUAUAGAUGUUUUUUUUUCCCAUUUCUGAAAAGGGCUGUUCUCUCUCACUAAAGUGUAAGAGCAAUGUGAUUUUCAUAACACCUGUUAGUGAUAAAUAUUAUAUGUACAGUGGUGAAGAAAAUAAAAUAUUGUAGAGUAA